AUGAGUACCAGCGUUUUUGCGGUAUCCUUCUCGCCAGCCAUCGCUCAAGCCCUUGGCAUAGAAAGUGAUCCAAAUUGUAUACCUCUCGAAAUAUUUUUCGCCAUACCUACGUAUCUCGUGGCGUCCCUUUUCUACCCCAUGAACCGAAUAUACGAUAGUGGUUCUAGCGAUUGGUCUUUCGGCCAGGUCAUUCCUCUCGUCCUCCUCGCAGCUCUCUUGCUUACCAUCUUUGAACCUUUCUUCGAAGCCGAACAAUCCACCAACACCCUUUCGACAGCGCUUUUGCAGAUUUCUACUACCUAA